AUGAAUGUACAUAAUAUUAACCAGUUAAUAAAAAACAAUGAAAAGGAGAACCUAGAGCAACUAAAAAAUAACUACACAGCUGAAAUAUAUGAACUAUAUAGUGAACUGUUUGAAAGCAAAAUUGGUAAGCUGCCAAAGUUACAAGCACAACUUCCCUUACAACCGGGGUCCAAACCAAUUUAUAUUAAGCCAAGAAUAGUUCCAUAUGCACUAGUUGAGAAAAUUGAAGGUGAGAUUAAGUCUCUGGAAGAAGCAAAAAUUAUAGAACGUAUAGAAAAUACAGAAUGGGGUACAUCUAUAGUCCCAAUAUUGAAACCUGAUGGAAAUGUAAGAAUAUGCGCUGAUUAUAAAAUAACAGUCAAUUCACAGUUACAAAAUAACAGGUACCCAAUAUUUAGAAUUGAAGAAAUUUUUAAUAAACUAUCAGGAGGUAAAUUUUUUACAACAUUAGAUAUCUAUAAAGCAUAUCUACAUGUAGGUAUGGAUGAUGAAAGUGCAAAAAUACAAGGUAUUUGUACUCAUAUGGGGACAUACAAAGUGAAUAGAUUGAUGUUUGGAAUUAAAACAGCACCAAACUAUUGGCAAAGUAUAAUGGACAGAAUCCUCGAAGGCCUCAAUGGGGUAGCAUGUUUUUUUGAUGACAUUGUAAUAAAAGGAUCAAAUUUGGUAGAAUUACAUAAACGUACCAAAGAAGUGUUAGAUCAUCUCAAACAAAAUAACUUGCAUGUAAAUAGAGGAAAAAGCAAAUUUUUUGAAACAUCUGUUAAAUACCUUGGGCAUAUAGUUGAUUCAGAUGGUUUACAUAAAACAAGUGAUAAAAUAGAAGCAAUUCUGAAUGCACCCAAGCCUACAACACAAACAGAGGUAAAACAAUUUCUGGGUCUCAUAAAUUAUUAUUAUAGGUUCAUACCAGACUUGGCAUCAAAAUUACAUCCCUUAUACCAACUUUAA